AUUACCCAACACCAAGAUGGCGAGAAAACAAUUCCGGAAAAUACAAUUGUCAAAUGCAACGUAAAGGAGGUAGCCUAUGUAUUGGAGUUCAUAAACAUAUGCAUGCAUCUACUGUACCUAAGUGACAGCGUUGACCGGUAAAAGGUAACAGUCAAGAUUCAGCAACACUCUUCCUCUGCCAUCGUAGUUCUCAGCCGAAUCUAUGGAAUAGGUGGACGUAGCUGACAUUUUCGUUAGAGUUAUUCAUUGGAUUGUAAUCAUUAACUGAACACAAUACGACAUGAUAGCUUCAGAUGAUUGAAUAGUAGUUUAUGCUUUGGUGACACAGAUUGUGUGCCUGCACUAAGGAUACAUUUGACCAAAUAGUAGUUUUGUGUCGAUUUAUAGCAGCUGUGUCGAAGUGCAACAAGUUCACCAAUGGCACUAGCUCACUCACCUCUCCCUUAGUAGGCCUAUUUAUGCACCGUCAUUCAGAAUGUUUGGCAUUGCUGUUAAUAGGCUACAUGUUAAAUACAAUGUGACGUUACACGUCUAAAUCAAACGGUGUUCAGUAGUUAUAUAGGCCAUAAGGCGACAGCAGACAACCCGAGCCGUAGGCCUAAACAAAACUUUUGUGUUUCGUUUUGAACGGAGGGAAGGGAUUUUGAUCACAGCUUCGCACUCUAGGAAAAGUAAGAGAUGGAGUCGAACAAGAAGAUGGAUUCUCUGGCCGGCAUAAAUAAACAGAGAGUGAUUUUGGUCACUUAUCUGAUAGCCGCUAUGGACAUCACAUGGCUUUUCCUUCAGUUCUCUAUAACACCAUGGGGAUCAUCCAGCUCCUUGGAGGGCCCAUAUUUGGCAGGUUUGCUGACCUGUUUGGGGCACGGGCCGCUCUGUCUGUGUCCUGCAUGGCAUCGGUGGUCUACUUUGUGCUGCUGGCAAUGGCAGACAGCACUGCAAUGCUCUUCAUUCACAAACUCCCUGCAGUGUUCAUGCAUGUCCUUCCAGGGACUCAGAUGGUGGUGGCGGACCUGACGGAGCCGGAGAAGAGGGCUGAUGCUCUGGCCAAGUUGGGCCUGUGCUUUGGGAUCGGGAUGAUCACAGGUUCCACUCUAGGGGGCACUCUCAGCACACGCUAUGGGGAGGGAUAUGCUGCUUGUACUGCUGUUGUUGGGAGCUUUAUUAGUUUGCUGUUGGUUUUGAAAUUCAUCCCCAAACACACUAAAGCACAGAGUGCACAGGACCAGAAUAACAAGAACCGCUCCAUCUUUAACCUGGGUGACAUCACCAGGCUCAUGAAGUACCCUGGAGUGGCGAAGACCUUCAUCGUCAAAAUCACCUCUGGCCUCCCCUCAGGUAUCUUUCAGGUCAUGUUCUCCGUCAUUGCCAUCAAUUUCUUCCAGUUGCAACCUGAGCAGAAUGGCUACCUGAUGGCCUACUUUGGGGUGAUGCAGAUGGUCAUGCAGGGGGCUGUGAUAGGACGCAUGACAGCCAGAUACUCUGAAAAGACGCUGCUGCUCCUGUCUGUUGGGGUGUCUAGUCUGGUGGGCCUGGCUCAGGCACUCAUGGCCAAUGUAUUCCAGUUCAGUCUUAUUGUCAUUCCCAUGAUGUUCUCCCUGAGUAUGUUCAAUGUAAUCACAGACAGCAUGCUCACCAAGAGCAUACCCUCAUCAGACACAGGCACUAUGAUGGGGCUGUGUGCUUCAGUGCAGUCCCUUAUGCGCACAGUUGGCCCUACCAUUGGAGGCCUCUUAUAUGAGAACUAUGGCGUGUCUUCAUUUGGAUACAUUCAGUGUGCCGUAAAUGCUGCAGUCUUUCUUUUCCUUUUCAAGGACAGGAGAACACAGAGAGUAAUCACUAGAAAAUAGGAGUGUUUACAAUGAGACCGUCCCUAUAGAGACCAGAAACUCAGGCAUUCUGUACCAAAAAACUGUGAUGACAUGAAAUGUGUACAACAGAGCUGCCAACUCUAAUGCAUUGACCGUGAGAUUCAUUAAUUUGAUUGGCUCCACAUGCUCUUACAGUACAGGUUAUGAUUUAUGUGAUCAUUCUGGCUGGUGACCUUACCUGUAAACCCAAAAUCACCAGCCAGAAUGAUCUCAUAAAUCAUAACCUGUACUGUAAUUAUAUGAAUGAAAGCAGAAUUGUUAUAUAUAUAUUGGCAGAGAUUAUUGUAUGUAUGAUUGUAUUCACAGCCUAUGAUGUAUUUUCAUUAUAUUAAACACCUAUGUUAUAGUA